CGCACACCCCUAGCACGCCGCCCGCCACACCGCAGCCACGCCGUCGUCGAUCGGAACCAGCGCGCUGCCGCCCUCGCCGCUAGCGCGACACCCCGGCCCAGCCGCCUUGGCCCACACCGAGCCCGCCGAGCAAAGGGGCGGGAUCUCCCCGGCGCCGCCAGCGCCGACCAGGCUUCGCCUGGCCGUGCCCUCUGGCGGCGGCGAGGUGGAGGAGGAAAGGGCGGGGGACCCCGCCGGCGGCGGCUAGGGUUUCCUCCCGGUCGCACGCGGGGCAACCCGGGACGAGCGAGCGAGGGAGGGGACAAAGACUUAUAUUUAGGAACGGAGGCAGUAUAUGGCAAGCUUAACUCCUUCAAAAGGCAUGUAUGCUUGGUUGAUCAUCCAUGCCCUGGUUCGAUCCGAAUCGCAGCAUCAUGUUCGGGCCGGACAUCUGCGGGUACGCCACCAAGAAGGUGCACGCGAUCCUCACCAAGAACGGCAAGAACCAUCUGAUCAAGAAGGAGGUGCCCUGCGAGACGGACCAGCUCACGCACGUCUACACCUUGAUCCUCCGGCCCGACGCCACGUACAGCAUCCUCAUCGACAACGUCGAGAAGCAGUCCGGCAGCGUCUACGAUGACUGGGACAUCCUUCCUGCCAAGAAGAAGAGGGAUCCUAAUGCCAAGAAGCCAGAGGACUGGGAGGACGAGGAGUUCCUUCCUGACCCCGAGGACAAGAAGCCAGAGGGGUAUGAUGACAUUCCCAAGGAAAUCACUGAACCUGAUGCAACGAAGCCUGAGGACUGGGAUGAUGAGGAAGAUGGUGAAUGGACAGCUCCAACCAUCCCAAACCCUGAGUACAAGGGACCAUGGAUCCAAAAGAAAAUCAAGAACCCUAAUUUCAAGGGCAAAUGGAAGGCACCUUUGAUCGACAACCCAGAGUACAAGGAUGAUCCUUACAUCUACGCUUUUGACAGCCUGAAGCACAUUGGUAUUGAGCUGUGGCAGGUUAAAUCAGGAACUCUGUUCGACAACAUCCUGAUCACUGAUGACCCCGAGUACGCCAAGAAGUUCGCGGAGGAGACCUGGGGCAAGCACAAGGAUGCUGAGAAGGCUGCCUUUGAUGAGGCCGAGAAGAGGAGGCUUGAGGAGGAAUCCGCAAAUGCUAAGACCGAAGACAAUGAUGAUGCAGCUGAUGAGGAUGAGGGCAAAGCUGCCGGCGCCAGCGAUGAGGAGAACAAGGAUGCCUCCGGGGAUGAGGAAAUUAGCAAGGAUGCUUCUUCUUCUUCCGACAAGAAGGACGAGCUUUAGGCCCCGCUUGGAUUGGGUGUAAAUUUAUACACCCGGAUUUAAUCUACAGGUGUAUUUUACCGGCCGCUGCGUUAUUUCCGCCCAAUUUGAAAACGACGGCUGGAGGUCUGUUUUGAUUACGGGGGUAUUUAGGAGCAAACCGACAAUCCAAGCAGGGCCUUAGAGUGUGGCAGGCAGGCUCUGUAUCUAAACUUUUUCCUCUUGAGGCAGUAGAGCUUCCCAUUCAUCAAUUAGAAGAACAUUUUCUCUGAAAGUUGAGAGAAGAAGUAAUGCAAUCUCGGCUCUUGUAA